UCCCCCGUUGAAAAUUUGUCUUGCUCUCCUCCUCUCCUGCUCUCCUCCAGAUAUUUGCAUUCAGCGCAAGCGCUUACAUCGUUUUGAGAAAGAAAUCUCUUAUAUAAUUCACAAAAUUGCGUUACCGUCAUAUACUAUAAAUCCGAAAUAACGACCAACAUGUCGCAAGGCACACAUCGACCUAUGAAGUAUCCAUAUACUUUUACUGCAAAGAUUGCUCAGUUUCCAUAUAAAUAUUACUAUCAACAGAGUUGGAUGUUUAAAUAUUUGCUAUUUGGCACAAUCCUAGCGCUACCCAUAUUUUAUAAAAUUCAAAAAUUAUCGUAUGCACCUGAGAACGUUGCGAAGUGGGACAAGAUCCAUCGAGAAACGUUCCAUGGCACUCCAGGAGGCCAUCAUUAAAGUAAAAAUGUAAUUAGUUACACAGUAAAAACAAAUAUAUGUGAGAGAAAAAGAACUUGUAAUCUUUUCUCUGGCCAAUUAAAAGAAAUAAAUAUUUAAUCACAUAUGAAAUAA